AAAAUCGGAAGUCGUUGUCGGAUGGCGGCACCAAUUCCAAUCAACAACAGAUAAGGUACUCUACGCCCUUGCUCUGAACUUCACACAAUCCAUUCCUCUUCUCUCUCACAUUUGCAAGAGGAGGAGGAAGAAGAAGAAGAGGAAGAAACAACCCGCACCUUACCCUUAUAUUCUUAUUAUGGCCACACUUCAAGCUUCGCUUCUCAUUCUCUGCAGAACUUCCCUCCCAUUUGCCUCACACAGUCAACACCACCAUUCUCUUCUCUGCAAGUUCCCUCAUUCUCUCACCUCCCUCUCUCCAUGCAAACUCUCUCCGCCACAAUUUCUCCCGCGCCUUCCCUUUUCCCUCUCUCUCAAAGUCGCUUCCCAACCCAAUCCCUCCGCCGCCGAUUCUGUUUUUCCUCCAAAUGAAACCGCUCAGAAUUCGACGACUGUCGUCGAAGGCGAGGGAUCCGAUCCUUCAAUCGGAGCGGAACAGAGCGGGAGUGCGAAAGAGGAGGAGAGGUCGCCGAUUGCGGCGCUCUUCGAGGGAGCGAGAGAGAGCUCCAAAAAGGCUUUCGCCCAGUUCAUGAACUGGCUGCCGCUUUGGCAACAGGAGCGUCGUUUGGCUAGGUUAAUUAUUGACGCCGAGGCGAAUCCCAAUGAUGUCGCCAAACAAACCACUCUACUUGUUGAGCUUAAUAAGCACAGUCCCGAGUCUGUCAUCAAGCACUUUGAAGGAAGGGAGGGUGCUGUAGAUAGUAGAGGAGUUGUAGAGUAUCUUCGAGCUCUUGUGGCUACUAAUGCUAUUGCUGAAUAUCUUCCAAAUGAGGAAUAUGGGAAACCUUCCAGGCUUCCUACCCUGUUGCAAGAGUUGAAACAGCGAGCAUCAGGUAAAUCGGAUGAGCCUAUUCUUAGCCCUGGAACAUCUGAGAGGCAGCCAUUACAUGUUGUUGUGGUCGACCCCAAAGUAUCACAAAAGUCACGCUUUGUACAAGAUGUUUUGUCAACUAUUUUGUUUAUUGUUGUUAUGGGACUAGUCUGGGUUAUGGGUAUGGUUGCACUUCAAAAAUUUAUAGUAAGCUUGGGUGGGAUUGGAACUUCAAGUGUUGGCUCAAGUACUACAUAUGCCCCAAAGGAACUAAAUAAGGAAGUGAUGCCAGAAAAGAAUUUCAAAACAUUCAAAGAUGUGAAAGGUUGUGACGAUGCUAAACAAGAACUUGAGGAAGUUGUGGAGUACCUGAAAAAUCCAGCUAAAUUUACUCGCCUUGGAGGAAAGUUGCCAAAGGGGAUUCUCUUAACAGGACCUCCUGGAACUGGAAAAACUCUUCUAGCCAAGGCUAUUGCUGGAGAAGCUGGUGUUCCGUUUUUCUAUCGUGCAGGAUCAGAAUUUGAGGAGAUGUACGUUGGAGUUGGUGCUCGACGUGUAAGAUCCUUAUUUCAAGCAGCAAAAAAGAAGGCUCCUUGUAUCAUUUUCAUUGAUGAAAUAGAUGCUGUUGGUUCAACUAGGAAACAAUGGGAGGGUCAUACAAAGAAGACAUUGCAUCAACUACUUGUUGAAAUGGAUGGUUUUGAGCAGAAUGAAGGAAUAAUAGUAAUUGCUGCAACAAACCUGCCUGAUAUUCUUGAUCCGGCUUUAACGAGACCUGGUAGAUUUGAUCGACAUAUUAUUGUACCAAAUCCAGAUUUACGUGGUCGACAAGAAAUAUUGGAGCUUUACCUUCAAGAUAAACCAUUGGCUGACGAUGUAGAUACUAAAUCAAUUGCUCGUGGAACUCCAGGAUUCAAUGGGGCAGAUCUUGCAAACCUUGUAAACAUUGCUGCCAUUAAAGCUGCUGUUGAAGGUGCAGAGAAAUUGGCAGCUUCACAGUUGGAGUUUGCCAAAGAUAGAAUAAUUAUGGGCACCGAACGGAAAACAAUGUCCAUAUCCGAAGAGUCAAAAAAGCUUACUGCUUAUCAUGAGAGUGGCCAUGCAAUUGUUGCUAUUAACACUGAGGGUGCUCAACCAAUUCACAAGGCAACAAUCAUGCCUCGUGGAUCUGCUUUAGGAAUGGUCACUCAGCUUCCCUCUGGUGACGAGACAUCAAUCAGCAAGAAGCAGUUACUUGCUCGCCUUGAUGUUUGUAUGGGAGGAAGAGUUGCAGAAGAAAUUAUCUUUGGUCAGGAUCAAAUCACAACAGGGGCAAGUAGUGAUCUUCACACGGCGACUGAGCUUGCCCAAUAUAUGGUAUCAAGUUGUGGGAUGAGUGAUGCAAUAGGGCCAAUUCAUAUAAAGGAGAGACCAAGUUCCGAAAUGCAGUCCCGUAUUGAUGCAGAGGUUGUGAAGCUUCUUAGGGAAGCAUAUGAUCGAGUGAAAGCCCUUUUGAGGAAGCAUGAGAAGGCAUUGCAUGCUCUGGCAAAUGCAUUAUUAGAGUAUGAGACACUUAGUGCAGAAGAAAUCAGGCGGGUACUGCGACCAUAUCAGGACGGAAAAGUGCCUAAGAAACAGGAACAAGGGGCAGCAGAAGAGGAACUCGUGUUGGUCUAAACAUUCUUUCCGUUUGCUGUCUGUUAACUAAACUGACUAUAAGGGGACGCUUUGUACAGAAUACCUAGUCACCCAAUACUCCAACAGGUAUAUUUUUUGAUCCAUUUGUUGCAGAUUCACUCCAUUGUGCAUGCUAUCCUGGCCAUUCUGAUAGGAAGUGAUACUCCUUUGAGUUGAUCUGAACCAACCAGUCCUGUUCACAAUGACGAAGGAAGGAUAUUGCUCUUGCUAGGAGUGCGAGCAACUUUUUUUUGGAGAAGUAUUUAUAAUUUGUAUAAAGACAUAUUGAGAAUUGUGCCUACAUUUAAACAUUAUUUGUUGCUUUAAAACUGUAUAAUUUAUGGAGAUCCAAGUAUCUGUUCACGUGGUUAAGUUGUCAAUUAAUGUUUUUGUAGAGUAAAUUUGGCAAUUCUGUAUAAGCAUUAUUGUUCCUGAAGCAUAUGAUCGAUGUUUGAUGUCUA